CUGACUGAUUGCGGGCGCUCGCUCGGAGUCAGCAUGAAAAGUCUCUGCGGGGUCCUAGGAUUUCUGCUGCUGGCUGCAGGACUGCCGCUCCAGGCGGCCAAGCGAUUUCGUGAUGUGCUGGGCCAUGAGCAGUAUCCCAGUCACAUGAGGGAGCACAACCAGUUACAUGGCUGGUCUUCCGAUGAAAAUGAAUGGGAUGAAAACCUGUAUCCAGUAUGGAGGAGGGGAGACGGCAGGUGGAAGGACUCCUGGGAAGGAGGCCGUGUGCAGGCAGUCCUGACCAGUGACUCACCUGCCUUGGUGGGUUCUAAUAUCACCUUUGUGGUGAACCUGGUGUUCCCCAGAUGCCAGAAGGAAGAUGCUGAUGGCAACAUCAUCUAUGAGAGGAACUGCAGAGACGAUUUGGGGCUGACUUCUGACUUGUAUGUCUACAACUGGACCGCAGGGGCAGAUGAUGAAGACUGGGAAGAUGGCAGCAGCCAAAGCCAGCACCUCAGGUUCCCCGACAGGAAGCCCUUCCCUCGCCCCCACGGAUGGAAGAAACGGAAAUUCAUCUAUGUCUUUCACACGCUUGGUCAGUAUUUCCAAAAACUGGGUCGGUGUUCAGCACGAGUUUCUAUAAACACAGCCAACUUGACAGCUGGCCCUCAGGUCAUGGAAGUGACUGUCUUUCGAAGAUAUGGCCGGGCAUACAUCCCCAUCACGAAAGUGAAAGACGUGUACGUGAUAACAGAUCAGAUCCCUAUAUUCGUGACCAUGUCCCAGAAGAAUGACAGGAACUCGUCUGAUGAAACCUUCCUCAGAGACCUCCCCAUUGUCUUCGAUGUCCUCAUUCAUGAUCCCAGCCACUUCCUCAACGACUCUGCCAUUUCCUACAAGUGGAACUUUGGGGACAACACUGGCCUGGUUUUCUCCAACAAUCACACUUUGAAUCACACAUAUGUACUCAAUGGAACCUUCAACCUUAACCUCACCGUGCAAACUGCAGUGCCCGGACCAUGCCCUUCGCCUUCGCCCUCGCCUUCGCCUUCGCCUUCGCCCACGCCUUCGCCCACAUUGUCAACACCUAGCCCCUCGCCUUCGCCCUCGCCCACGCCUUCGCCCUCACCCACGCCUUCGCCCUCGCCCUCGCCCUCGCCUUCGCCUUCGCCCACGUUGUCAACACCUAGCCCCUCUUUAAUGCCUACUGGUUACAAAUCCAUGGAGCUGAGUGACAUUCCCAGUGAAAACUGCCUAAUAAACAGAUAUGGUUACUUCAGAGCCACCAUCACAAUUGUAGAGGGGAUCCUGGAAGUCAACAUCAUCCAGAUAGCAGAUGUCCCAGUGCCCACACUGCAGCCUGACAACUCACUGAUGGACUUCACUGUGACCUGCAAAGGGGCCACCCCCAUGGAGGCCUGUACGAUCAUCUCCGACCCCACCUGCCAGACCACCCAGAACACGGUCUGCAGCCCUGUGGCUGUGGGAGAGCUAUGCCUGCUGUCUGUGAGAAGAGCCUUCAACGGGUCCGGCACAUACUGUGUGAAUUUCACUCUGGGAGAUGACGCAAGCCUGGCCCUCACCAGCACCCUGGUCUCCAUCCCUGGCAAAGGCCCAGGCUCCCCUCUGAGAACAGUGAAUGGUGUCCUGAUCUCCAUCGGCUGCCUGGCCAUGUUUGUCACCAUGGUUACCAUCUUGCUGUACAAAAAACACAAGGCGUACAAGCCAAUAGGAAACUGCCCUGGGAACACAGUCAAGGGCAAAGGUCUGAGUGUUUUCCUCAGGCACGCAAAAGCUCCGUUCUUCCGAGGAGACCAGGAGAAGGACCCACUGCUCCAGGACAAGCCAGGAAUGCUCUAAGUCUUCAACCUUACUUCUGACCAGGAGCCCACUCUUCUGUGCAUUUAUGUGAGCUGUGCAGAAGUACGUGACUGGUUACUGUUGUUUUCUAAGGAUUAUUGUAAAAUGUAUAUCAUGGUUUAGGGAGCAUAGUUAAAUAACGUUUUAGAGAAGGCAUGGGAAGACUUAGUGUUUCUUCCCAUCUGUAUUGUGUUUUUUUUUACACUGUUAGUAGGGUGGGCACACUGUCUGAAGGGUGAGGGUGAGGUCACUGCAACUUAAGGUCCUAGGUUAACUGGGGGAGGAUACCACAGCUUUCCACAUAACAUGUGCAUGAACCCAACUAGUCCUGACCUGAGACCAUGCUUUAUCUAACUGUAUCUGAGCUCAUUGAACAUGCUUGAGCUCCUGACAGAAUUAUAAUGGCCCGAGAUUUUUUGUAUGGUGCAUAUGUGUACAUAUUAUACUCAUUAAAAAGACAAUCCAAUAA